AUGAUGGGGGAGGUGGAGAUUUCCAUCAUGGCGGCUUCCAUUUCGGGCUACACUUUCAGCGCUGUGUGUUUCCACAGCGCCAACAGCAACGCCGACCACGAAGGAUUUUUGCUGGGAGAGGUAAGACAAGAAGAAACUUUUAGCAUCAGUGACUCACAAAUCAGCAACACAGAGUUUCUGCAAGUAAUUGAAAUCCAUAACCAUCAGCCCUGUUCAAAACUCUUUAGUUUUUAUGAUUAUGCAAGCAAAGUGAAUGAAGAGAGUUUGGACAGAAUCCUUAAAGAUCGGAGGAAGAAAGUUAUCGGGUGGUACAGAUUCCGGAGAAACACCCAGCAACAGAUGUCCUACAGAGAGCAGGUCAUCCACAAGCAGCUCACCCGAAUCCUUGGUGUGCCAGACCUUGUCUUCCUUCUCUUCAGUUUCAUCUCUACCGCCAACAAUUCUACUCACGCUUUAGAAUAUGUUCUCUUUAGACCAAACCGCAGGUAUAAUCAAAGGAUAUCGCUUGCUAUUCCCAAUCUAGGCAAUACUAGCCAGCAAGAGUACAAAGUGUCUUCAGUGCCAAACACCUCUCAAAGUUAUGCCAAAGUCAUUAAAGAGCAUGGUACUGACUUUUUUGACAAGGAUGGCGUCAUGAAGGACAUCAGGGCAAUUUAUCAGGUUUAUAACGCACUUCAGGAGAAAGUACAGGCAGUCUGUGCAGAUGUAGAAAAGAGUGAGCGAGUUGUUGAAUCUUGUCAGGCAGAAGUGAACAAAUUAAGAAGACAAAUCACUCAGAAGAAAAAUGAAAAGGAACAAGAAAGAAGAUUGCAGCAGGCCCUGUUAAGCAGACAGAUGCCAUCCGAAAGUCUGGAGCCUGCAUUCAGCCCCCGGAUGUCCUAUUCUGGGUUUUCAGCUGAAGGGAGAAGUACUCUAGCAGACCCGGAGCCCUCUGAUCCUCCUCCCCCUUAUUCUGAUUUCCACCCAAACAAUCAAGAGAGUACUCUGAGCCACUCUCGCAUGGAAAGGAGUGUCUUCAUGCCUCGGCCUCAGGCUGUGGGCUCUUCCAACUACGCUUCCACCAGUGCUGGACUCAAGUUCACUGGAAGUGGAGCAGAUCUUCUUCCUACCCAGAGUGCAGCUGGGGACAGUGGAGAGGAGUCAGAUGACAGUGAUUAUGAAAAUUUGAUUGACCCUGCAGAGUCCCCUCAUAGCGAAUACUCACAUUCAAAGAAUUCACAGCCCGUGACACAUCCCAGUGAGGACCCCAGGAACACUCAGACCUCCCAGAUUUAAGUAAACAAAUGAUACUCUCCACUUGGCACUGCUUUUCUUAAUGGCUUAUUGAGUGUUUGUUGAGGACUUACUCUGGGGGGAAAACUGCUUUCUCAGAUGCCGUGGCUCCUGAGUGGGGCAUCCUGUGCACAGAACUCCUGGAAUCCUCUGUGUGCUGGUCCUCACCUCUGGGAGCAGUGCACAGGUUCACAACAGAAUCAUUAUGAUAAUCAAAUUGUCCUAAUUCUGGUGCGAUUUAUGGAUGUACUAGUAAAUUUAGGCAGAGUGAAGCUCCUCGGUGUAGCCUGUUCUUUAAGAUAAAUUGGAGAUCAGAGACUAAGCACAAUUAGUCUGUAAUACUCUCUAAGUCAGAAACUUACCUCUGCACUAUCAUGCCUUGAAGUUUGCUUUUUCAAAGGGAAACGAGUUUAGCAGCAGCCUUCAAAGAACUUUCUAUGAUGAGCCAAAUUCAUCUUUGCCAGAAAAGAAAUUUUGUUAAUUCCAAGAAGCCUAAUUGGAACAAGUCAGACAUUCCUUCUCUCAUCUGCAUGGCUUUGUAAGAUGGGAAAAGAGAGCUUUGUUUCAAUGUUUUUCUACUAGCCUGAUGCGUAUUGUCACUUAAAAUGGUUGCCUUUUUUAAAAAUGUAGAAAUACUAAUCCCCGGUGAGUACUCGUCCAGAUCAGUGUCCUGAGGUCAGUUCCUUGUUUUUUGGUAUUCGGCAGCGACGGCACUGCAGCAACAUGGUUGGCCUCUGUUUUGGAGCCUCUGAGGGAGGCCGCACAACAGUGGAUAGCAGAAAGGAGGCGCCAGGCCUGAGUCUGUGGUGCCGCACACAGCGGACUUAGCUGAGCUCUGGGUAAAGGGUGUAAUGCGCUUAGUUCUGGCAGCUCCCGGGCAAGGCUUGUGGAGGAAAGACAGAUACCCAGGGAUCCUGAAGAAAGACCCACUGCAAGUCUGAGUAACCUUACCUUUUUUUUUUUUUUUUAAAGUUGCCAUUUGGGGAAAAUGCAAAUGUGUGGAGACCAUUGGGAUGCACUUACGCUUUUAUUUAAUUACUGCUUGUUUUCUGGUUUUGCCCAGAAUGUGUGAAACCACUAAAAAACAUUUCUCAAUAUGUUGGGCUACUGGAAGCGCACAGGUUUAUGAUGCUAUUGUUUAUGGCAUCAUCUGUCAGCCCAUGAUGGUUGGCGCUGAGCUGCCUUUCUCUGGACAAGUUAGAACGUGUAAGAGUAAAGGUGCCAUUGAGAGGCUUAAAAUCUGGUUCCAAAGGAUUCUUUUGAUUUUAUAGCGAUGUUUACUUGCGAGCUUCAGCUCCCAGUCUCAGACAGUGGAUACAGGCUUAGGAAUAAGAUGCUGGGCUACCCUGUUUUGGUUGUGCCCCAGGUCUGCAUUGUAACAGCUGUCCUGGUUUUUCUGGGCUCACACCACUGCCGUUUGAUUUGAAUGCUGAGGGUCACUUUAUCUGCCGUACGUUCCAGCUUUUAUCAGCUACCUACUAGCAGCUUCCGCACGGUCUGAAUUCCAGUUUUUUAAAGUGUCAUCACCAUCUCCUCUGUUCAGAUUUUGACAUUCAGGAAAAUACUCUUAUUUUUAUGCCAUACUGAAAUAUACAGUGUAUAUCGGACGAAGCAGUUAAAUGUGACAAUAAAAACUUAUUUAAUCAUGA